AUGCCAUAUAAAUCUUACGGCACAGAAGAGUGUUCUAAUAUUAGCGAUUUAGAUUUAAGUGAUCUCAAAAAGGUCACUAAAUCUAUUGUUCCUGAACUUGGCGGUAAAGGUAAAGGAGAGGCUGGAAAAAUAGGCAUCAUUGGAGGUUCCGUGGAAUACACUGGAGCUCCAUUUUUCUCCGCUAUAUCAGCAUUAAGGGUAGGAGCCGAUCUUGUUUAUGUAAUAACUACGGAGAACGCGGCCCCAAUUAUCAAAUCAUACAGCCCAGACCUUAUAGUGUACCCCUUCCUUAAUACCAACACCGCCUCUAAGCUGAAUUUUAUACUAUCAAAAAUGGAUGUCAUAGUCAUCGGACCAGGGCUGGGGCGGGAAGAUGAUAUAAUGAAGUUAACCUAUGAAAUAAUAGAGACAUGCAAAAGUUUGAAAAAACCUUUGGUUAUUGAUGCAGAUGGCUUGUACGCAGUUUGGAAAAAUAUGUCAAUUUUAAAAGAUUACCCUAGUCCAGGUGUUAUUCUCACCCCGAACCACAAAGAAGCGAUGCGGCUAAUUGAAGCCGUUCCGACACGGUAUUCAUUAUGGUAUGAAUACUGGGGUAACAAUGUAUCCGUUCUGACUAAAGGAGCGCAAGAUAGGUUCUUUUCCAGCAGUGCUCCCUUCAAGUGGUCUUCAUCUGAAGGUGGAUCUGGCCGACGUGCAGGUGGUCAAGGAGAUAUUUUAUCUGGAAGUUUGGCAACGUUUUAUAAUUGGGCUUUGAAAGGUAAUAUCUGUGAAAACGCGCAGUCAGUUCCGUUUGCACAAAGCGUCGCCUCCUAUGCAGCUGCAAAAUUAACACGAGCUUGUAACUUAAGAGCUUAUGAGAUUUAUGGACGUGGGAUGAUAGCCUCCGAUAUGUUGAAGGAAAUUCAUAAGGCAUUUGACGAAGAAUAUGAC